AUGGCCGAAAAAACAAGAUCCAAACACCAGCAGGAAGUGCAGAAUCAGUUGGAGACUCAGCAAAAUGAAAUCCUGGAAUUGAAAACAAAUGUUAGUACAGUGAAGAAUGAUGUUCAAGAAAUUAAAGAUAUGUUACGUACCCUUUUUGCACAGCCACACAACCCACCCCCUCCCCCAAUCAACCCAGAAAUGCCUCUGGAAGUAGAAAACCCAGAUCCACGAAAGUUCAACCUCAGGGGAGUCAAACUUGAUUUUCCUCAUUUUCUGGGAGUUAAUCCAGCUGCAUGGCUUUUUAAAGUCAAUCAUUACUUCGAGUUUCACCAAACACCACUAGCACAGAGGCUAUUGAUGGCCUCAUACCACAUGGAAGGCGAUGCCCUCGUAUGGUUCCAAAAUGCUGUAGAAGGAGGAUUCUGCCGUGAUUGGGACACUUUUUGCAGAUCGUCACUCCUUCGUUUCGGGCCAACAGCAUAUGACGACCCCAUGGAGGCAUUAACGAGACUCAAACAGACCAGUUCAGUGGUGGGAUAUAUGGCAGAGUUUGAAAGAUUAUCCAACCGUUUGAGGGGCCUAUCGGAUUUACACAAGCUGAGUUGUUUCCUCAGCGGAUUGAAGGACGAGAUUCGCAUUCCCAUCCGCAUGUUGAAUCCUGUGAACUUAAAUGGAGCCUAUGGACUAGCUAAAAUGCAAGAAGAAUACCAUACCAAUACAAAGAAAUUCCACAAACCAAUGGUGGAAAAGAUUGCUACACCAAGAGAAGGAAAUCCCUACUCCAAGGAUAAUUACAGCAAAUGGAAGCAACCAGGGGAAGUAGAAGAUGAAGAAGGGAAGCAAGCUAGUGAGAAAGAGGAAGAAAAUCAGCAAAUACAAAUCCUGUCCAGCAGCAAGGAUGAACUAGAGAUUUCCUUGGCUGCCAUAGCUGGAACUCCGACAAUGCGCACUAUGAGGUUGGUGGGAAGAAUUAAAGGAGAGCAAGUGGUAAUUCUACUAGACUCGGGCAGCUCACACAACUUUAUAGAUACUUCACUGGCCUCAAAAUUGCAGCUACCAGUGGAUUAUCUAGUAAAUUUAAAAGUGAGGGUAGCAAAUGGUCAAGGUCUAAACAGCGAAGGGUUAUGUCGAACCGUGCAAUUGAAAGUGCAAGGUAACGUACUACAACUUCCUCUACAUUUAUUAGAGCUAGCUGGUUGUGAUAUUGUUUUAGGGGUCCAAUGGUUAGAAACCUUGGGCCCUAUCAUGUGGGAUUUUUCCAAGUUGCUUAUGAGCUUUAUGUGGAAGGGAAAGACCAUAGAAUUUAAGGGGCUGAAAUUGAGCCCUUCAGUGGUGGAGGAUAGUGAGAAGACAUUAAAAGCAACUAUAGCCAAAGGAAAGGGAAUGUUCUUACAAAUUAUGUGUGAGAAAGGUGAGGAAACCGACUGUGAGAAGAUGGAGGAACAGUUUUCAGAGCUGUUGGAGGGUUUUUGUGAGGUUUUUAAUGAAUCUCAAGGGUUACCACCACCACGUAACCAUGACCAUCAUAUAAUUCUCAAGGAAGGCACCCAACCUAUCACAAAUAGACCCUACCGAUACCCACACUACCAGAAAAUAGAGAUUGAAAACAUUGUGGCUGAGUUGUUAAAAUCGGGAGUGAUUAGACCAAGUUCUAGCCCCUUUUCCUCCCCUGUUUUGCUGGUCUGUAAAGUUGAUGGCAGUUGGCGACUUUGUGUGGAUUAUAGGGCACUUAAUAGGGAGACAGUGAAGGCAAAGUUUCCCAUUCCAGUUAUAGAUGAAUUAUUAGAUGAGCUUUUUGGGGCGGUAAUUUUUUCUAAGCUGGAUUUGUGA